AUGACUAUUCUUGGCAAAGCCUUCCAUAUUUCAUUCGACCUUGUUUUAGUAUCAGCGUGUCUGGCAGGAAUAAAACGCAACACAGGACUUACUCCUAAAGUUGACGUCAUCGGAGACCCGCAUGUUAAAGGCUACGUUUCGAAGUACCUGAACGUCGGGGAGUCUUGUUAUGACUACACUGUGGCUACCCUAGGAUCAUCUAAUUAUUUCGUUAGGAAAUGA